GUUUUCCCCACCCCUUUCAGUUCCUCCUAUAAACUUUGUAGCGUGUCCUGGGAGCCUGUGUGUGUCGACAUCCAACAUUUUCCUGCUGGUUCACACUUUUCCUUAUAUUUGAAAAGGACUGCUUCUUUCUUUGGCUGCCAUUUAACGGCACCAGAAGAACGUAACAGCACCACCAUCUCCAUCCGUCCAUUCCUCUUACUGCCACUAGUCUGCAGUCUUUACUCUCAGCCCUCAGAAGCCAUCAAGAUGGAGAGGGUGCAGCACAUGACGCGGUCAGCGAUUCGGAGGGCGUCCAACAUCGAAGUGAACCCUCAGACCAAGCGCAACCUACAAGAUCUCAUCAUCAACUUCUCCCUCAUCCUCAUCUGCCUGCUGCUCAUCUACAUCAUCGUCUUGCUCAUGUGACACCAAAAUAUGGCAACUGGCCAAUCACAAGAUGCGCUUGAUUUAAAAAGAUUUUUUUUUUUAAUUUACAAGAUCUUGGACGAUUUUAGGGAAUUGAAAAUGUCCUAUUGAUGAUGAUGAUGCAUCGCAUGUCAAUUUCCUCAAACGAUAUGAGGGCGGCCCACAUUUAGGCUAUGUUUGUUGCAUUCUUCCUUCAACAAUAUGCAAAUAUCUGACCAAUACAAAACUCUAUGUUAGGUAAAUUCAGAUUCAUGUUUUGUAUAUGAAUGUAGACCUCCCACAAGGAAGCAGUCAUCUGAACUGUUCAAAAAGACACAAAGAAUUAACAUCAAAAUGGCUGUAAUUACUGGCUAUAAUUGUUCCCAAAGGUGGACUACAAACCAGACACAGAGAACAGCAACUCCUCAGUCAUUUAUGUAAAUAUCCCCACAAAAAAACGUUUUCGUAAUUGUUGUGUUGAAAUGCAAAAUUUAGGUUAGUCCCAGAAAUCAUAUAUUAUUCACAGAGGAACAGAGCAUGUUGGCACUGAAGUAAAUUACGCUAUACUCUUAACAUAUUAAUGUCUGUUUACACUUCCUGUGAACAUGAUCUGAGAGAGAGAGAGCUAAAAUAGGAAAUUUAAGGAUGUUUUUAAAUGUGAACAACCAAUAAAGAUAAUGUUUGUUUUAAAUGUUGUAACUGACUGAUUCUUUUUUAAACAAAACUAGUGAGAAAUGAACCAUGUGCAGAUCCUGUUCAAGUCACUGAAAGUGCAGUGGAAAACCAUAAAAAGUACCAUAAAAAGUAUCUUUAAAGUGCAUUCACCUACAAAUUAAAAUUACUUUAAAUUAACAUCUUUAUACUCUCCCUCCUUUCCAAACAUGUAUGACUGGAGUAAAUGACUUUAGACACACACACAAACACACACACCAAAAAAAAAGUAAUUUUUCCCCCAAUGCACCGAUAGUUUAUAGUUCUGUCGUCAUGACUUCAGAAGACUUGAAAUAUAAUGCAAAUAUCAAUUUUGUCCUAUUUGACAGCUUGUCACUAUGAGCAGUGGUGGUGGGACAAGAAAAAAAAAUCUUUUAAAAAAAUUUUUAUGGACAAAUAAUUUAUUUUUUGGUAAACUUUUAUGGUAAAAGGAAACUCUUUCCCCGCCAUGCAUUCUUUUUUUUUAUCAAAACCUGAAUGUGAUUUAGUUUCAUAAAAUAAAUAAAGUAAUAUCUUGAACAAAAAGCUGAGAAAAUGAUGUUUUUGUCAAAGACUACGUCUGGUUUACGAUGAUCAAAACAGACCGAAUAGACAGCGUCCAUCAACACCCCCACAACUUGCAAAGUCCUAUACCUCGUUUUGGGUCGACAUUUCAUUCAGUAACCUUGGGCAGUUUUGAUUUAUUUGCUGUUGAAUGUUUAAUGA